AUGCCAUUACAUUUCAAAAACUUGGCGCAACACAGGAACUAUGUUCUGCAUUGGUAUCGAUAUACUUUAAGGAACUCCUCUAGAUACACGUCCUCUGCUCAUUUGCAAUGCAGAAUACGACGUAUAACCAAAAAUGUUCUCAAGAAACAUAAAGCAGAUAUGUCAAGCUGGAGUGUGUACAUACUACUAAACGAAAUCAAAGAACUUAAUGAGCGUCUGAUAUCAGGUGACAUCACAUGGGUUUGGGAUAAGCUCAGCAGCACUGCCAAGGCAAAGAAAAAGAGGAAGAAUAUUCUAGAGGUGCCUUCUCCACCUUCUGUAAUGACAGAAGAUCCGAAUCACAUUCGAGAAAUGAAUAUUCUCCACCAAUAUAUCAAAGAAAGACAGAAAGAAUUGAAACUGCCAUUAAACAUACCCAAUGAAUAUAAAUCAAAAUUGUUGUUACCGUUAGCGCUACAUAAUGACUCUCUCAAAAAACUGCACCGACUGCAAAUACAGUUAGCCCAAGGGCCACCAAAAAUACAUCUUAAUUACACAUCUGCCGGUAGGUCACGCAUAUGGUUCAUUCGAAGUGCUCUUAACAAAGGAAAGCGACAAUCCAAAGCACUGGGAAGGUUAAUCCGAAUGGAGAAGAAACAAAACCAAAACAUCCUUAAUUAUUUGGACAGUUGCCAAGAAAACAGUAUAUGGGCAUGGCAUGAAGCUGUAUGGGAGCACUACCUAGUUACCGGGAAGAUUUUAAGGAACGAACAAUUCACAUCUUUUUUUCACGAAAAUGCAUCGAAAUCUAGGGAAAUUUUGGGGGGAACUUUGAUAAGCACUAGUACCCCAGUUCAAUCGCAGCCACCAUGGUCUAAUUUGGUCGAAGACUGGCUACAUCCUAUCAAAAGCGCAAUGAAAAUUUUACAGAAGAAAAGCGUUGAGCGAGCUAAAUACUUCGAUCAAUAUAGAAGAAAGAUCCUCAUGGAUGGUCAUGCAAAGUUCUUCAACCAAAAGAGCAAUCAGAUGUAUUCCAACAGAUUAGCACGAUAUAAGAUAAUGGCAGAGCAAGAUCUGCCCUUUGUUACACCUUUUUUUGCUCGUCAGAAUUUACCUUCGGUGCUGAAAAGUCGAAAAUUUGUAAAGUGA